GUAAAUAAUAAACUAAAUUUACACGUCUCUAGCCUUAUUAUUCUACUUAGACACAAUUUAUAGUGCAAUAGUGAGAAAAUGUCUGUAGCAAUGGAACCGGAGGGAUACUGUACCGAACACAGUUGUACCUGCGGCCCUCCACCAAAGCGCCGUCGAAUACGUAGAGUGAGUAUUCUAGACUUGCUGAAUGUGGACCUGGUUGGGCGCGCCAUUUUUGACUAUGUGCCUUUGGGGGACCUGCUGCGCUCCGAGCGGGUCUGCCAGCGGUGGCGGAGCGCUGUACAUCAUUAUUUGAGAGGGGCCCGCCGCCUCCGCUCCAAGCUGCUCAUCACCUCGCCCUGGCACCCGCCGCCCCCGCGCCUGUGCCGCUGCCAGCGCCUGCUGCCGCUCGACGAGAGCCGCGACCCCUGGUACUGCUCCUCGCUGUACAAGUGGGGGACGGGCGUGGAGGCGGCGCCCUGCACGGCCGGGAGCUUCGCGGACGUUGCGGGGCUGUGCCCCAAUAUACGGGAGAUUACAUUUUACGGGUUCCCGGACCGGGAAGUAGUGAAAGCCAACGUUGAUAUCGGAAGGCUGCGGAACCUCAGACGGGUCGCCUUCAGGAACCUCGUCACGGAAGAUGAGGACAGGGAACAGGCCACCGACGAAGACGUGACUAUCCUUAUCCAAAGCAACCCAAUCGAGGAACUAACUAUAAUAGGAAACGACAAAGUCACCGGCACAUUCUUACAACACCUAAAAACCAACCUAAAAUCACUGCGACUCAGAAACUGUCCAAAUUUAGACUAUAAACAUCUACUUUCUGUUCUAGAUUAUUUAAAAGAAGUAACUGUAUUAGAUUUAUCUAGAAAUUCCGCAGAAGUCCUAAAAAAUGUCCACUUAUUAUUAGAUGUGAUGCCAAAAUUGGAACAUUUGGAAUUAUGUGGUUAUGAGAAGGUGGUUUUGGACGGGCAGUUGAAAGUACAUGUUAGGUUGGAAAAUCUGAAGCAUUUGAAUUUGAGGCGGAAUAAAAAUGUGAAUGAUGAUUGGUUGGAGACUAUAGCGAGAGGGAAUAAGUUGGUUACGUUUGAUGUGUCGUACUGUAAAGGCGUGACAAUGACUGGCUUGACCGAAGUGUGCGAGUCGUCUAAAAUGAUGAGCGAGCUCGCUAUAGCGGAUAAUGACGACGUGUCAGACGAGGACGUCGAGACCAUCAUACGGCUCCUCCCCUUCCUUACGAUGCUGAACAUCCAGAAGUGUAGUGGCGUGUCGGCGGAGCUGGUGGUGUACCUGGCGCGCGCGGUGCGGCGCCGCAACCGCCAGCGGCUGCCCGCGCUGCGCCUGCGCCUCCACGGCACUGUCGUACCCGACGCCAUGCCGAUGGUAUAUUCGUUUAUUCUGGACUUCGCGAAAGGCUCACAGCUCGAUCCGAAACCUAGUCCGUACUUAGGUUUUUGAUCCACUCUACUAGUUCAAAUAUACAGGGUGAAUU